GCUUGUAAUCGAGCAUAGUGCUUUCCACCGCGACAACAUUGUGCGGAACCUUUCGACGUCGAUGUGUUCCUACACGGGUGGCGCUUCUUGUGCGACACGUUCAUCCGUCGAAAACGAAACACCUGAGUUCUCACAGGAAGCGAAACCGAACUACUAUCAUUAUGUAGAGGUAACCAUAUUAUGGUGUCAAAGAUGGCAGGACUAUCAGAUAAGGAGCGCAUUGGCUGCGCAAAUUUACUGAGAUUGAUGCCAGAAAGUGAUGUACGAUCGCUUUGUGAGACUGUCACAAGUAAAAAGAUCCAAGUAGAAACUACCCGAGCCGCAAUUGAAGCCAUUGUGUCUUACUCCAACGAUGCGGCGGAGCUUUUCAAAAGGAGGAAAGUGCAUCGAGAUAUAAUUUUCAAGUACCUCGCCAAUGAGGGGAUCGUCAUGCCAAUUCAUUGUGAUAAAACACUACUAGUGAAAAGGACCUUAGAGUUUUGGUCAUCUGGAAAGCGUGGGCAACCAACAAGUGGAGCAGAUCCAGGGCGCCGACCUGGUCCACCUGCGUCUCCUGGCCCUUGUCAAGGACGAGCGUCUGUUCCUCAACCCAAACCUGGAGCCCCACGGGCACCGGCUUAUGAGUUCUCUCGUCCAGGCCCAGAGAUCCAGUCCACAGAAAUAAAGGCUGAGAUAACGGUUGAGCAAUCGAGUGAACAGUUUUGCCGGUGGUUCUUUCAGCUCCUAAACAGCCAGAACCCCUCCUUGGGCCAGGAGCCUCAAGACUGGGGACCACAACACUUCUGGAUAGAUGCAAAACUAAAUCUUGUAUCUAGCGUGGGCAACCAACAAGUGGAGCAGAUCCAGGGCGCCGACCUGGUCCACCUGCGUCUCCUGGCCCUUGUCAAGGACGAGCGUCUGUUCCUCAACCCAAACCUGGAGCCCCACGGGCACCGGUUUAUAUCCUCCCCGCAUGGGCUGGUGCUGGUCGCCGUGGCCGGAACCAUCCAUCGGGACAACUGCUGGCUGGGGAUCUUCGAGCAGGUGUUUGGCCUUAUCCGCACGCCCAUGGAAAACACCUGGAAGAUAAAGUACACGGAUCUAAGAGUCAGAGGGGCCGGGACUCAAGAUGGGGCAGAAGGAAUGUCACCAACGGUGACCUGUGACUUUGACGAGCUGCAGCGCCAACAUAGAUCCUAAUAAUCAGGGUAAUACUGAUCUCGGGAUUUGGAGGGUCCCUGGAUGCUCAUGGUUAGGUUUGCACAAUGAAAGACAAUAGGAUCAUAUGUAAAACUGUGCAAUGAAUUCAUUAGUUUAUGAUAUAUACUAUUUCCGAGGGGUUCGUUUUAGUAUGUAUGGUUUCAUGUAUGCCUUAUCUUUUCAGAAAAUGUGGACGGGAAAAACUGAAAUCUUUUGCUUAUUUUUUAUGUGAACCAAUGGGAACAGGGAGAAAAAAGUAAGUUAAUGAAGCCUAAGGCAGAUUCAUAAUGACCAGUACAUACAUUUAAAAUAAGUUAUUUCAAAACCGAUGUGCGAAAUGUAAAAAACAUUGUUUCAGUCUCUUAGUUUGAGGCACUUAGUCCACCAUAUCAUCAAGCAAUGAAAGAAAAAUCAUACAUAUCAGAUAUUGUAAAAUCAGGCUGCCCCUCCAAUUAUGUGCAUUUAGGCAAGAAGCUUACUCAUAACGAGAUAACAAUCUGAAACCAAAACCAUCUUUCAAAAACGUCUGUUGCUGCAAUAACGCGAAGAGCGCAUGAGUCACAAUUUCUGUAUGCUGCACACAUAUGGACUUUGACAUGAUGGCAAAAAAGAAACGUACUUGAGUGGCAAAUGGCCACUCAAGUAAGUAAGAACGUUAACGUUUUUGACUCAUUCAAACCAGGCACAGCGUUAUGGGUGGGUCUGACGGACCUAGGACCACCCACUGUUCAACAGGCCCACCCAAAACUUUUCUUCAAAAAAAUAAAAGUAAAGGUUAAUAUAUUAUAAUCAUUAUUAUUAUUACUUUUUUAUAAAGGCUUCUGAAAUGCUUUAUUGCAAUGCAGCAAACUUUGUUGAUGUUGAUGCUUGAUCCGAAGUGAGUUAAAGUGCUGUUAAUCUUCGUGGAUGACCGUGAAUUGCCGGUAGGCUAUUGUAUUAGUUAUUAUCUCGUAGUAGCCUGUGUUACGUAUUUUAAGAAUCUAAGCUACCCACACAUAGACCCAAUGAAGCAGGACCAAACAUAUAAGCCGUAAAUACCAUACAUAGCCACAAGGGGAGCAAGACCUUACUGAAGGCUGUAAUAAAUACUUCAGCCACAGAAGGCAGCACCACAGACCAGACGAGAAAGCCGAGCGUUAUCUCACAUUGGCUCCCCCCCCACUACUUCCGGACCGCGCUGUUCAGACCACCGUAUAACAGCCUACAGAUCGAGCAUUGUCUUCAGAAUCUUCUUGGCAGCUAUUAGACAUAGAUGGGUUUAUGUUUUUGAUCAGCUAGGAGACGCUCAGCACGUGCUUAGAAUACAUCUUCAAUCUCUCUUUGCUUCAGAGUAUCAGUUUACCAUACCGAAAAUACUUUAUACAAAUAAAGUCUCUUUAAAGCUAUUCCUUUGGAUUCGACCUUUUUCCUUGAACUACGCAAUACCUGCUACAUUUGAAUGCAUCUUCUGUGUAUGAUAAGCCAAGCUCAGUCUGUUGCUAAUGAUGUCGAAAUAUUGUUGAAAACUUCAAACAAUUAAACAGAAUUAUGAAAUA